AUGGCAACCGGGACAAUCGAGCAUACUACACCCUCUGAAGGGCAAGGCAGUCACUUUACUCCCAAUACCAACAAUAUGCGGACCCACGAUCUCCACCAGACGGAGAAGAAGCUGGUCCAGGCCUUCCGCGCUCCGGCUCGAGCCUUGAACCCGUUCCUCAUCACCGAGCGCCAGGACGAGAAACAAUUAUGUAUCUCCUCAAGAAACUUACAUGUGAAUGAUUUUGCUCUUUUGAAGACUUUAGGCACUGGUACUUUCGCCCGAGUAUGGCUCGCAAGGUUGAAGGACCAGAAGGAUAAGAAUAAAGUCUACGCACUGAAGAUACUUCGCAAGGCCGAUGUGAUCAAGUUGAAGCAGGUCGAACAUGUGCGCAACGAGCGCAAAUCUCUCGCGGCGGUCGUCGGUCAUCCUUUUAUCACAACUCUCGUGGCAUCAUUCUCGGACGAACAAAAUUUGUACAUGCUGUUGGACUUUUGCCCUGGCGGCGAGAUUUUCACAUACCUUCGACGUUCGCGCCGGUUCAACGAAGAAACCUCGAGGAUAUAUGCGGCCGAAAUUGCCAUGACCAUUGAGUUUCUGCAUGAUAUCCACGGUGUCGCCUACCGUGACUUGAAGCCAGAGAACAUUCUCCUCGAUGCGGACGGACAUAUCAAACUCGUAGACUUCGGUUUUGCGAAACAAGUGGAUAACCGUGAAACCUAUACUCUCUGUGGAACCCCCGAAUAUUUGGCUCCGGAGGUCAUCCAUAAUAGCGGACACGGACUCGCAGUGGACUGGUGGGCUCUGGGGAUCCUCAUCUACGAGUUCUUGGUCGGACAGCCUCCGUUCUGGGAUCAGAAUCCUAUGCGCAUUUACGAACAAAUUGUGGAAGGCCGACUACGUUUUCCACCAAAUAUGCCCCCGGCAGCUCAGAAUAUCGUCAGUUUGUUGUGCAAAACAAACCCCUCGGAACGACUCGGCCAUAUCUCUGGUGGUUCGACUCGCGUGAAAUCUCACCCGUUCUUCGCGGGGGUCGCUUGGGACGAUCUCUUCUACAAACGAGUUAAGGGACCAAUCAUUCCCCGAGUAUCUCAUCCCGCCGAUGCCGGUAAUUUCGAAGACUACCCAGAUAUCGACACCAAAAACCAGAACCUCUACACCGAAGAUCUGAAGAAGAAAUUCGAGCCUCUGUUCAGUGAUUUCUGA